AUGUUCUUUCGUUCUUUCUUUUUUUUUCUUUCUGUAUGUUUCUUUCAUUCUUUUCGUUAUCUUUUUCUUUUUUUUUCUUUCUUUUCUUUUUCUUUAUUUCUUUCUUUCCUUAUCUUUUUUUUACUCUGUAUUUUCUUUCCUUUUUCUUUCUUUAUUUUCUACUCUAUAUGUUUCUUUCUUUUCUUUUCCUUAUCUUUUUUCUACUCUGUAUAUUUUUCUUUUCUUUCUUUCUUUUUCCUUAUCUUUUUUCUACUCUGUAUGUUUCUUUCGUUCUUUCUUUCUUUAUCUUUUUUACUCUGUAUGUUUCUUUCGUUCUUUUUUUUCCUUAUCUUUUCUACUCUGUAUGUUUCUUUCGUUCUUUCUUUCUUUUUUCUAUCUUUUUUCUUUCUAUCUUUCUUUCCUUAUCUUUCUUUUCUUUUCUUUUUCUUUCUUUCUUAUCUUUUUUCUUCUUUUUUAAUCUUUCUUUUUUUUUUUUUCUUUUUUUUCCUUAUCUUUUUCUACUCUGUAUGUUUCUUUCUUUCUUUCUUUCCUUAUCUUUUUCUACUCUGUAUGUUUCUUUUCAUUCUUUCUUUCCUUAUCUUUUUUAAUCUCUAUGUUUCUUUCGUUCUUUCUUUUUCCUUAUCUUUUUCUACUCUAUAUAUUUCUUUCUUUUUUCUUUUCUUUUUCUGUAUGUUUCUUUCGUUCUUUUUUUUCUUCUUUUUCUACUCUUAUAUUUCUUUCUUUCUUUCUUUCCUUAUCUUUUCUUUUUCUUUCUUUGUAUGUUUCUUUUUUCGUUCUUUUUCUUUUCUUAUCUUUUUCUACUCUGUAUUUUCUUUCUUUCUUUCUUUCCUUAUCUUUUUCUACUCUAUAUAUUUCUUUCUUUCUUUCUUUCCUUAUCUUUUUCUACUCUAUAUGUUUCUUUCUUUCUUUCUUUCCUUAUCUUUUUCUCUAUAUGUUUUCUUUCAUUCUUUCUUUCUUUAUCUUUUCUACUUCCUUCUUUCUUCUUUCUUUCCCUUAUCUUUUCUAUAUUUCUUUCUUUCGUUUCUUUCUUUCCUUAUCUUUUUACUCUAUAUGUUUUUUCUUUCGUUUCUUUCUUUCCUUAUCUUUUUCUACCUCUAUAUGUUUCUUUCUUUCUUUCUUUCCUUAUCUUUUUCUACUCUGUAUGUUUCUUUCUUUCUUUCCUUUCUUUUUUUUUUCUACUCUUUCUUUCUUUCUUUUUUUCCUUUCUUUCUUUCCUCAUCUUUUCUACUCUAUAUGUUUCUUUUUCGUUCUUUCUUUCCUUUAUCUUUUUCUACUCUAUAUUUCUUUUUUCUUUCUUUCCUUAUCUUUUUCUUUUUUGUUUCUUUGUUCUUUCUUUCCUUUCUUUUUCUACUUAUCUUUUUUCUUUCUUUCUUUUCUUUCUUUUCUUUUUUUUUCUUUCUUUCUUUCUUUCCUUUCUUUUUUCUUUUUCUCUUUCCUUAUAUUUUUCUUUCUUUCUUUCUUUCUUUUCUUUCCUUUUCUUUUCUACUCUGUAUGUUUCUUUCGUUCUUUCUUUCCUUAUUUUUCUUUUUAUUUUCUUUCUUUCUUUCCUUAUCUUUUCUUUCGUUUCUUUCUUUCUUUCCUUAUCUUUUUCUACUCUGUAUUUUUCUUUUCUUUCUUUUUUUCCUUUCAUUCUUUUUUCCUUAUCUUUUCUGUAUAUUUCUUUCUUUUCUUUCUUUCCUUAUCUUUUUCUACUCUGUAUGUUUCUUUCUUUCUUUCCUUUCCUUAUCUUUUUUCUUUCUUUCCUUAUCUUUUUUCUACUGUUUCUUUCGUUCUUUCUUUUCUUCUUUUCUACUCUAUAUAUUUCUUUCUUUAUUUCUUUUCUUUCCUUAUCUUUUUUCUACUCUAUGUUUCUUUCGUUCUUUCUUUCCUUAUCUUUUCUACUCUGUAUGUUUUCUUUCUUUCUUUCUUUUCCUUAUCUUUUCUCUAUCUGUUUUUCUUUCUUUCUUUCUUUCCUUAUCUUUUCUUCUAUAUGUUUCUUUUUUUUCUUUCUUUCUUAUCUUUUUCUACUCUGUAUGUUUCUUUCUUUCUUUCUUUCCUUAUCUUUUUUCUACUCUAUAUGUUCUUUCGUUCUUUCUUUCUUUCCUUAUCUUUUUCUACUCUGUAUGUUUCUUUCUUUCUUUCUUUCCUUAUCUUUUUCUACUCUGUAUGUUUCUUUCUUUCUUUCUUUCCUUAUCUUUUUCUACUCUGUAUGUUUCUUUCGUUCUUUCUUUCCUUAUCUUUUUCUACUCUGUAUGUUUCUUUCUUUCUUUCUUUCCUUAUCUUUUUCUACUCUGUAUGUUUCUUUCUUUCUUUCUUUCCUUAUCUUUUCUACUCUGUAUGUUUCUUUCUUCUUUCUUUCCUUAUCUUUUUAAUCUAUAUAUUUCUUUUCGUUCUUUCUUUCCUUAUCUUUUUCUACUCUGUAUGUUUCUUUCUUUCUUUCUUUCUUUAUCUUUUUUCUAUCUGUAUGUUUCUUUCUUUCUUUCUUUCCUUAUCUUUUUCUACUGUAUCUUUCUUUCCUUCUUUCUUUCCUUCUUUUUUCUACUCUGUAUUUUCUUUCGUUCAUUCUUUUAUCUUUUUCUACUUAUGUUUUCUUUUUCUUUCUUUAUAUUUUUUCUUCUGUAUGUUUCUUUUUCUUUCUUUCCUUUUUUUUCUACUCUAUAUGUUUCUUUCGUUCUUUCUUUCCUUAUCUUUUCUACUCUGUAUGUUUCUUUCGUUCUUUUUUCUUUCUUCUUUUUCUACUCUAUAUCAUUUCUUUCUUUCUUUCUUUCUUUAUUUUUUUCUUUUCUACUCUGUAUGUUUCUUUUUUUCUUUCUUUCUUUAUCUUUUUUCUACUCUGUAUUUUUCUUUCGUUCUUUCUUUCCUUAUCUUUUACUACUCUCUAUGUUUCUUUCUUUCUUUCUUUCCUUAUCUUUUUCUACUCUAUAUGUUUCUUUCUUUCUUUCUUUCCUUAUCUUUUUCUACUCUAAAUGUUUCUUUCGUUCUUUCUUAACUUAUCUUUUUCUACUCUGUAUAUUUCUUUCUUUCUUUCUUUCCUUAUCUUUUUCUACUCUGUAUAUUUCUUUCUUUCUUUCUUUCCUUAUCUUUUUCUCUCUGUAUUUUUUUCUUUCUUUUCCUUAUCUUUUUCUACUCUGUAUGUUUCUUUCUUUCUUUCUUUCCUUAUCUUUUUCUUUCUAUAUAUUUCUUUUCUUUCUUUCCCCUUAUCUUUUUUUCUCUGUAUAUUUCUUUCUUUCUUUCUUUCCUUAUCUUUUUCUACUCUGUAUGUUUCUUUCGUUUCUUUCUUUUCCUUAUCUUUUUCUACUCUAUAUUUCUUUCUUUCUUUCUUUCCUUUUUUCUACUCUCUAUUUCUUUCAUUUCUUUCUUUCUUUUCUUUUUUCUUUUUCUUUUCUUUCUUUCUUUCUUUUUUUUUUUUCUACUCUAUAUGUUUCUUUCGUUCUUUCUUUCUUUUAUCUUUUCUUUCUUCUUUCUUUUUAUCUUUUUUCUUUAUAUUUUUUCUUUCUUUUUUCUUUUCUAUCUUUUUUCUACUUUUUCUACUCUGUAUGUUUCUUUCGUUCUUUCUUUCUUUAUCUUUUCUCUCUAUAUAUUUUCUUUCGUUCUUUCUUUCCUUAUCUUUUCUACUCUAUAUUUCUUUUGUUCUUUUUCUUUCCUUAUCUUUUUUCUACUCUGUAUGUUUCUUUUCUUUCUUUCUUUUUCUUUUUAUUUUUUUCUUUCCUUAUAUUUUUCUUAUGUUUCUUUCGUUCUUUUUCUUUCCUUAUCUUUUUUCUACUCUGUAUGUUUUCUUUCUUUCUUUCUUUCCUUAUCUUUUUUUUCUUUCUCUUUUUAUUUCUUUGUUUCUUUUCGUUCUUUCUUUCUUUAUCUUUUUCUACUCUGUAUGUUUCUUUCUUUCUUUCUUUCCUUAUCUUUUUCUACUCUAUAUGUUUCUUUCGUUCUUUCUUUCCUUAUCUUUUUCUACUCUGUAUUUCUUUCUUUCUUUCUUUCUUUUCUUUUUCUUAUCUUUCGUUCUUUCUUUCUUUCUUUUCUUUUUUUAUAUUUCUUUCUUUCUUUCUUUCUUUCUUUCUUUCUUUUUUACUCUAUCUUUCGUUCUUUCUUUGCCUUAUCUUUUCUACUCUGUAUGUUUCUUUUCUUUCUUUUCUUUCCUUAUCUUUUUCUACUCUGUAUGUUUCUUUCGUUCUUUUCUUUCCUUAUCUUUUCUACUCUAUAUGUUUCUUUCUUUCUUUCUUUUUUAUCUUUUCUACUCUGUAUGUUUCUUUCGUUCUUUCUUUCUUUAUCUUUUUCUACUCUGUAUGUUUCUUUCGUUCUUUCUUUCCUUAUCUUUUUCUACUCUGUAUGUUUCUUUUUUCGUUCUUUUCUUUUCCUUAUCUUUUUCUACUCUAUAUGUUUCUUUUCGUUCUUUCUUUUUCUUAUCUUUUUCUACUCUGUAUGUUCUUUCGUUUCUUUCUUUCUUUAUCUUUUUUCUACUCUGUAUUUUCUUUCUUUCUUUCUUUCCUUGUCUUUUUCUACUCUCCUUUCUUUUCGUUCUUUCUUUCUUUAUCUUUUUCUACUCUGUAUGUUUUCUUUCUUUCUUUCUUUCCUUAUCUUUUUCUACUCUGUAUAUUUCUUUUCUUUCUUUCUUUUUUCUACUCUGUAUAUCUUUUUCUUUCUUAUUUUUUUCUCUAUAUGUUUCUUUCGUUCUUUCUUUCCUUAUCUUUUUUCUACUCUGUAUAUUUCUUUCUUUCUUUCUUUCCUUAUCUUUUUUCUACUCUGUAUGUUUCUUUCUUUCUUUUUCUUUCCCUUAUCUUUUCUAAUCUAUAUGUUUCUUUCGUUCUUUCUUUCCUUAUCUUUUUCUACUCUGUAUGUUUCUUUUCUUUCUUUCUUUUCCUUAUCUUUUCUACUCUGUAUAUUUCUUUCGUUCUUUCUUUCUUUUCUUAUCUUUUUUCUUUCCUUACUCUGUAUGUUUCUUUCUUUCUUUCUUUCCUUAUCUUUUUCUACUCUGUAUAUUUCUUUCUUUCUUUCUUUUUCCUUAUCUUUUUUUACUCUGUAUGUUUCUUUCGUUCUUUUCUUUUCCUUAUCUUUUCUACUCCUAUAUAUUUCUUUUCUUUCUUUCUUUCCUUAUCUUUUUCUACUCUGUAUGUUUCUUUCGUUCUUUCUUUCCUUAUCUUUUUCUACUCUGUAUGUUUCUUUCUUUCUUUCUUUCCUUAUCUUUUUUUUUCUUUCAUUCUUUCUUUAUGUUUUUCUUUCUUUCUUUCUUUCUUUCCUUAUCUUUUUCUACUCUGUAUGUUUCUUUCGUUCUUUUUCUUCCUUUUUCUUUUUCUCUGUAUAUUUCUUUCGUUUCUUUUCUUUCUUUAUCUUUUUUCUACUCUCGUUCUUUUUUUUCUUGCUUUCUCUGUAUAUUUCUUUCUUUCUUUCUUUCCUUAUCUUUUUUCUACUCUAUAUGUUUCUUUCGUUCUUUCUUUCCUUAUCUUUUCUCUGUAUGUUUCUUUCGUUCUUUCUUCUUUUCCUUAUCUUUUUCUAUUCUAUAUGUUUCUUUUUUUUCUUUCUUUUUCCUUAUUUUUCUACUCUGUAUGUUUCUUUCGUUCUUUCUUUCUUUAUCUUUUCUACUCUAUAUGUUUCUUUCGUUCUUUCCUUUAUCUUUUCUCUCUAUAUGUUUCUUUCUUUCUUUCUUUCCUUAUCUUUUUCUACUCUAUAUGUUUCUUUCAUUCUUUCUUUCCUUAUCUUUUCUUCUCUGUAUAUUCUUUCUUUCUUUCUUUUCUUUAUCUUUUCUACUCUGUAUAUUUCUUUCGUUCUUUUCUUUCCUUAUCUUUUUCUACUCUAUAUGUUUCUUUCUUUCUUUCUUUCCUUAUCUUUUCUUUUUUCUUUCUUUCUUUUUCUUUUUUCCUUCUUUUUUCCUUUUUUUUGCUACUCUAUAUAUUUCUUUUUCUUUCUUUCCUUAUCUUUUUCUACUCUGUAUAUUUCUUUCUUUCUUUCUUUUAUCUUUUUCCUACUCUGCUUUCGUUCUUUCUUUUUCUUUAUCUUUUUCUCUGUAUUUUCUAUGUUUCUUUCUUUCCUUUUUUUUCUACUUUGUAUGUUUCUUUCGUUCUUUCUUUUCUUCUUUUAUCUUCUUUCUUUCUUUUCUUUUCCUUCUUGCUUACCUUUUUUAUCCUUUUCUUUCUUUCUUUCUUUCCUUUUCUUUUACCUAUGCAUGUCAAUUUCAUUUUUUCUACUCUCCACUUGUUUCUUUCGUUCUUUCUUUUCAGAUCUUUGAAUAAUAUUUUCUUUCUUUUUAUCAUCCCUUUUUCUCUCUCUUUUCUCUUUCUCUUAUUUAUUCAUUUAUUUUUCUUUCUUUCUUUGAAUUUUGACUUUCUUUCUUUCAUCUUUUCUCUACUUUCCCUUUCUUUCUUUCUUUCCGUUCUCAUCAUCUGUCUUUCUUUCUUUUCUCUCAUGCCAAUCAUUUAUUACUCUACCGUAACGUUCAGAUCUUUCUCUCUUUUGAAUAAGAUUACUUUCUUUCUAUCAUCCCUUCUCUCUCUCUCUCUCUCUCUCUCUCUCUCAUUUAUUUAUUCAUUUAUGUCUAUCCUUACUCUUCCCUAA